AAAACGUUUCCCCCGUCCUUCUCUUGCUCUGCCUUUUUCCCCCUCUCACCUCCUUCUCCUCACUUGUUCCUCGUCGUUCGACGUGUUCCCUCUUCUUUCUCAUUUUAUCGCCCUUUUGUUUCGGAGCUGCCCGUGAAAAGGCGAUCAAAUCAAGCACCCUCUCGCUUAGUUGUCAGCCACAAAUUGAGGUCGGCGUUUAAGCGGGAAAACUGUCCCAAUACUCCCGAAUUUCGCUCAUCGUCUGUCAAAUUCUGAGCCGCCCUGCCUCCUAACGUGAACAGAAAGGUGAAAUCCUUCGGUGGGGACCCGCCGAAAGUUAUUGAAAAUGAUCUACGACGCCGUAACAUAACAGGAGCGUAACAUAGUGUCUUGGUGAUUAACUCCAACUGGCUUAAUGGAGCACGACGGCGACAAGCGGCCAUAUUUCAAAGAAAAGGAGACAAUAGAGCGAAGACAGAGGCGGCGAGGAUGCUUCGAGUGCUGCAUCAAGUGUCUGGGCGGGGUGCCCUACGCCUCGCUGGUGGCCACCAUCCUCUGCUUCUCGGGCGUGGCCCUGUUCUGUGGCUGCGGCCACGUGGCGCUGACCGGCACCCUGACCAUGCUGGAGAACCACUUCUCUAGGAUCACCAGUGACCAUGCCACCCUCGCCGCUGUGAUCCAGAUCUUUCAGUACAUCAUCUACGGCAUCGCCUCCUUCUUCUUCAUCUACGCCAUCCUCCUGCUGGGUGAGGGCUUCUACACCACCAGCGCCAUCAAGAAGGAGCUGCAGAGCGACUUUAAGACGACCAUCUGUGGACGCUGCAUCACUGCCUUUUUCAUGUUCCUGACCUACAUCUUCGCUCUGGUGUUUAUCGCCAUCUUCUGCUUCACGGCGAUCCCGGUUUUCCUCUUCUUCAACAUGUGGAACACCUGCGCCGCCAUGAGAUCUCCAGACUCCAACAUCACGUAUCCUGACUCCGUCUGUGUGGAUGUCAGGCAGUACGGCGUUAUUCCCUUGAACGCAACACCCGGGAAGGCUUGUGGAACCACACUGACAGAUAUUUGCAGCACCAGCGAGUUCUACCUGUCCUACCACCUCUACAUCGUGGCGUUGGCCGGCGCCGGAGCCACCGUCAUCGCUUUGAUCCACUACCUGAUGAUUUUAGCGGCUAACUGGGCGUACCUGAAGACUGCCGCCUCCACGCAUGACUACCAGGACAUCAAGACGAAGGAUGACCAGGACCUGGAGGCCGAGGCGCGCUCCAAGGACGGCCAGAACUCCUCCUCAUAUUCAUAAGGACAAAGCGUCCUCUCUUGCCAUUGCUCAUCUUCUCCCCUGAAUCUUAAACCCUCAACACCUAGCGCCCACCACCCCCAAACUCUCCCCUGUCCCCCCCGACAAAACAAACCCACCUCGGUCAUGUUCGACAGCCCAGUCUCCUGAUUCUCCAUCCUCUUCCGUUUACCCAGAAGCGCUUUCCGCUCCGGGGCGCCAGCGCGCUCUCCACCACCGGUAGGGGAAGAGGCUGGAGGGUCGGGAGGAGAGCGGCCAGGCCCCGGACGGAGGCGGCUGCUUCAGAGCGCUGAAGGCUCGCCCCGUCGGGUGUCGAGCUAUGU